AUGGAGCUGGUGUUCUCACAGCUGAGAACCACUCCAGCGUCAAGCCCAGAGCUUGUCCCAUCCCGUCUUAUUCUCUCCCCUCCCCGCUCCCCACUUCUGCCCUCUGGACGCCUCUGCUUGGCACUGGGCACUGGGAGGAGGCCUGCUUGGCCGGAGAGAACUGUGUUCCUUUCUGGUUUACAGUGGCCUCCGCACUGGGGAGUCACAGCUCCCGAAGCUGCCAGACACGUGGGCCACCUGGCUGCCUCAGUUUCCUCAUCUGGCCAGCACAGGAAUUCCAGCCUACGUGUUGGCAGGAUUCUGAGCCGCGAUCUCUCCUUUCCCUUCCUUUGGCUGGCAUAUGAGGACGGGUACAGAAUGUUCCAGCCCCACCCCUUCCCUCAGUGGUUUUUUGAUUCAUGA